CUUAUUGGUAUUGGCAGGUCAAUGCAUCAUGUUUUUUGGAGUGUUUUGGAUUAUGCUUCAGUCAUAAUUCACGGUUUGCUGGUUCCAUGAAUAACCUAAUUUUGUCAAAACCGCUUUCAACUGGAUAUUUGCUUUCCAUUGCUGAGCUGAAAGCUGGCAAUAUCUUGAGUUCUCCAAGAAAUCUUACUAAGGAUGCCACUUUUCCUGUUGUUUCCAAAAUUUCUAUUUUGCAAGAUGAGGAUUUGCAAAGUCCUUCAGAAUAUGUAACUAGUGUUUUGGAGUUUCCUCACAUGCCUCCUUGGUUUGGUAUUGCUGGCAGUCGGAAACUAUACCUAACUCUUGCUGGAGUACUUAGACUUGUCGGGCUGUCCAUAAUAUCAGGACACGAGAGCAAUAUGUUUUUAUCAGUUCUUGUUGAUAAUUUGCUAGAUCAGUUUCGCCAGUUGAUAUCAGAGCUUCGUAUGAAAGAAUAUGGCAAAGAAGGGUGGAAAACUUGGUAUUUUCAUCAUGGUUCUGGCCAGUUAUUGCGCAAGACAAGUUCUGCAGUUUGCAUGUUAAAUGAGAUAAUAUAUGGAUUAUCAGAACAGUCAGUUAAUACAUAUUCAACAUUCUUUAAAAAGUCUAGGGAAGAAACCUUGCAAGAAAAGAAACUUGCAUAUGAUGAUGACAAGUCUACAACUUUCAAAUGCCAAGGAUCAGCUUGGAAUAUGAGAGAGGGAAAGGAUAAUAGGGAUGCUACAAUUCUUUCCAUUGCCAGCAUUUUGCAUGAAUAUUUGUCACCUGAAGUGUGGGACAUUCCAUUGGAUCAGAAUGCACCUCUGCUGGAACAUAAAAUAGAAUUAGAUCUUCCAUUACAUUUCUUCCUUGACACCAUAAUGCUGCAACAGGUGAUCCUAGAUGGAAUAGGCAUUUUCAGCAUAGUUCUUGGAAAAGAUUUUAUAAGCAGUGGAUUUCUGCACUCUUCUCUUUAUUUAUUACUAAGGAACUUGAUUUGCUCUAACAGUGAGAUAAGAAUCGCAUCAGAUGCUGUCCUACGUGUUCUUUCUGUUUCGUCCAGCCAUGCCACCGUAGGGCAGUUGGUUGUGGCAAAUGCAGACUAUAUUAUUGACUCUUUAUGUUACCAGUUGCAGCAUUUGGAUAUCAAUCCCCAUGUUCCAGAUGUACUUGCUGCUAUACUGUCCUAUGUCGGUACUGCUCGAGAUAUUCUGCCAUUGUUGGAGGAGCCGGAUGUUUCUGUAUCUCUUGCAAAAGUGGAGGAAGCUUAUAAGCACGAGAAACAAACCAAAGCAGCAAUCUGGGAAGCAGUUCAGUUGCUAUCACUAAAUGAUCUGAAAGAUGGGAUGGAGGCUGCAGAUGAGGAAGCUGACGAGAACAGAGUGCUUCCAGCAAUGAACAUAAUCUGGCCUUAUUUGAUUCUUUGCCUUAAAAAUAAGGUUUCAGUGGUUGUGAUCAGGAAAUGCUUGAAUAUGCUGCAUAAAGCAGUUCAAAUUGGUGGCGGGGACUUUUUUGUUCGCCGGUUUCAGAAUGAUGGGCAUACUAUAUGGAAGUUGCUUACUUCAUCCCCAUUUCGAAGGAAACCAAUGCUAUCAAAUGAGGAAAGAAUUCUUCUCCCUUACCGAAGUAAUUCUAUCACUUCCGAAGAACCUAUGGCUGAAGUCUCCAGCCAAAAAAUCCAGGCAGCAGUAUUGGACAUGAUUACCAUGAUAUGUUCGGACAAGAGGACUAGUUCAGCAUUACAGACAGUCCUGAAGAAGGUUAGUGGUAUUGUGGUAGGUAUUGCUUGCAGUAGCAUGGCAGGUCUCAAAGAUGCGUGUCUAAGGGCAUUAUCAGGACUUGCUUGCAUUGAUUCAGACCUUACCUGGCUUCUGCUUGCCGACGUCUACUAUUCCCUGAAUAGAAGGGAUGUUAUCCUUCCACCAUGUCGAGAUCUGGCUGGGAUUUCUGAGCUGCUUCCUGCCGCAUCAUCCAAAAAGGAAUAUUUGUUUGUGAAUUAUGCAGGAGAAGAUUUAGGCCUUGAUAUAGAUCCUUCAUCCGUGGAGGUAGUAUUUAGAAAGAUGGAAUCAGAAGUUCUUUUAUGAUAACAUUUGUACAGUCGGAUCUGUAUCAUGUUGAAUGUACUCUGUAAAUUUGUGGGAGAUGUUAAGAAUCAUUGAGAAUGUAAAAGGGCAUUAGAAGUCACUUUGUACAUGGUAUUUAUAAGAUUAUGUUACAUGCGGAGGCUUUUAGUGCA